CAGGUAAUCUAACAUGGAAGAAGUUGGGCAGAACUCAUUGAAUGAUGUGUGCAAGAUAAUGGAAAUACCAAAUUUAGAAGUCACAAAACAGAAUCUUGACUACCUGAACUCAGAUCUUGAACAGGACUUGCAGAAACUGGAUGAGGCUAAUCAGAUUCUUCUUAGAAAGAUCCAAGAGAAAGAAGAAACUAUUCAAAGUCUGGAAGCAGAGAUCUCCAUGUCACUAGAACAAAUCAAAGAGAAGGAGGAGUUGGAACACAUUGCAUCAGAGAAAGAGGAAUCCCUGAAGGACCUGGAACUACAGUCAGGGAAGCUGGAAAAAAAGAAUAAGCUCCUUAACAGAAACAUAACAGAGCUUCAGAAAGAGAUUUCGAGCAGAUUUCAGAAUGUUGGCCCUGAUCAAGGAACCCUGAAGCAAAACUUGACAGAACUGAAGGUAAAAGUACAGAAGUCAGCAGAGUCCUGUGCAAAGCAAGAAAAGAAACUGGCCAAGGCAGAGAGUGACUACCUAUCUGUGUACCAGCUCUGUGAGGACCAGGCCCACUACAUAAAGAAAUAUCAGGAAAUUCUGAGGCAGAUGGAAAAGGAAAAGGAGGUGCUGCUUCUUGAAAAAGAAAUAUCCAAGGUCCAAAGUAACUCCUCCCAUAUUGUGAAGUCUGGGUCAAUUCUGGUGGAGACCAUCCAAAGCAAUAUGGACCUCUGUGAGAACAUAGUCAGCAGUAACUGUGCUUCUAUUACUCCCCCACCCCCACAGGAGAAGACCAUCAUGAGGAAACAAAAGAGAAUCUUUUGGUACAGGAAUUUCCAGUGUCUUGUCUUCAUGGCCAUGAUCUUCAUUAGGCUGCUGGGCUACAUGUUUUUCCAUCUACAGUACAUAAACCCAGAUCUUUUUGUGGAUGCCCUGCCCAUGGUAAUGAGCAGGGACACCUUGACAAGACUCAGGGAUGUCUUAUUUCCCUCCCUUACUCUAGAGGUGGAAGAAGUUCUACCACACUAGCCCCGGAUGCCAGGGGCAUCUCACCCUGCUCUUGAGUAGGGGGAGGUGUAACGCUGGCCACUGUGUUGAAGGACGGCCCUGGAGGGAAGUAGAAGCUUUUGACUCAGAGCUGCUACUUGAUGUUUGAUAUCUUCAUUCAUUCUUUUCUUGCUUUACCUAUGGAAUAAUGCUCUUUCCAAUA